UUUGUUUCUUCUCACAAAACACUUCACUUGCAGUCCUCUCAGUCUAUAAUAUAUACUCGGCUUCUCUUCCUCCUACAUCCCUAACCAAAACAAAUUGUGUUCUUUGUCUGCCAUAAGACAAAAGAAAUUUUUCUCCAUUUAAAGGACUUUAUUUUACUAUAUGGAAAAGGCAAAGAAAGUUGUUGGUUCCUCUUCUUCUUCGUCGUUCACCAACGAACUAUUUGGUCCCAAAGAGCCCUCAAACUCGACUCUCUUUGGUUCCGUUUUCGGUCCACCUUCCACGGGACUUAGAAAGGAUCCCAUGCACUCAGGGGAUGGAGGUUCAUCAAGAAUCCAAGAUCAAGGGAACCAUUAUGGCAAUACAAAAUAUGGAACUUCAGAUAAUGGAUCUAAAAGAAGCAGGGAAGACAACAAUACUAAGGACAAGACUUUAAUGUAUCAAAAUGAAAAAGUAGAAGCUCCAUGUAAUUUAAGCUCAUCCAUCUACUAUGGUGGCCAAGAUGUUUGUCCUCCUACUACCCAGACCUCUGGCUCCCUGAAUAAUAUUGUCAAGAAAGAUGGAAGAGGCGAUGGUUCAAACUCUGCUUCAAGAGGAAAUUGGUGGGAGGGAUCACUUUACUACUAAUAAGGCCUUGCCUUUGCCUAUACAAAUUUCUUCUCUGUAAUAUUUAGGAGUUAAAGAGAAAUCAUUCUUCACCAGCUAGGAGUGGAAGAUGUUACAUUUCAGUCCCUUUUCUUUGUGUUUUUUCAGCUUGUACAUUAGUAUAUGAGUUCCUCUUUGUAGUUGCUGAACUUCUCGUGUAAUGUAUUUAUCUAAUCCAAAUCCAACUAAUUAUCCUAACACUUA